CCAAGAGAGAGGGUCGGUACAUUGCACAGCCCAACGACAGAAGCUACUUCCUGAGGAACAUGGUUGCAAAGCCCCUGAUUGCUGGUCUGGUGGUACUUAUUGUGGCUGUUGUGAGCCUGUUCCUGGGGAUGUUUAUGGGCUUGGGGAAGAAAAGCAUGCCUCCCCCUGCAGGAUACUGUUUCUCAAGGGCUGCUGUUGCUGCUGAUGCUGGAAAAUGCUCAGAAGUUGGAAGGGACAUUCUGAAGAAAAAUGGUUCAGCGGUGGAUGCUUCUAUUGCUGCCUUGCUAUGUGUCGGCCUUUUUAAUGCUCACAGCAUGGGCAUCGGAGGCGGGGUUUUCUUUGUAAUCUACAACGCUUCCUCAGGGAAGGUAGAAACUAUUGAUGCAAGGGAGACAGCACCCAAGAAUGCCACAGAAGACAUGUUUGGCAACAACACACAACUUUCUCGUGCAGGUGGAUUGUCCAUAGCCAUCCCCGGGGAGAUCCGCGGCUAUGAAAUGGCCCACAAGAGACAUGGCAGACUGCCAUGGAGAGAGCUGUUUAAGCCAAGCAUUGCCUUGGCUCGUGAUGGAUUUCCUAUUGGGAAAGCCUUGGCUAGUGCCAUCUUUAAAAGCAAGGAUUCCAUUCAAGGAAACGCCAACCUGUGUGAAGUGUUUUGCGACACUCAAAAAAACAUUCUGAAGGAAAACGACAUAAUACGAUUUCCAAAGCUGGCUGACACGUACCAGAAAAUAGCAGACGAGGGUCCUGACGUAUUCUAUAAUGGCUUGGUAGCGUACAACAUCGUGGAGGACAUCCAGGCAGCAGGUGGGAUUAUCACCUUGGAUGAUUUAUUGGAGUACCAACCAGUUCUGAAUGAAAAUCCAUUGAAGCUGCAGGUUGGGGAAUAUACCAUGUAUGUCCCUGACGCCCCCUCCAGUGGCCCUGUCUUGGCACUCAUUCUUAACACGGUGAAUGGGUACAAUUUCACAGACACAAGUGUUUCGACAGCCGAGAAGAAGACUCUCACAUAUCAUCGCAUCAUAGAGGCUUUCCGUUUUGCAUAUGCGAAGAGGAGCAAACUCGGGGAUCCACGUUAUCUUAAUAUUACAGAUCUCAUCCAAAACAUGACAUCGGACUUCUUUGCAGAAGGCAUAAGGAAGAAAAUCACAGAUGACACCACUCACCCAGACAUUUACUACGAGCCAGAUUAUUUUGUUCCUGACAACCAUGGAACGGCUCAUCUGUCAGUCAUGGCCGAAGAUGGCAGUGCAGUGGCAGCCACCAGCACCAUUAAUUUAUACUUUGGAUCCAAAGUCAGGUCUCGAUCGACAGGAAUAAUCUUCAAUGAUGAAAUGGAUGACUUCAGCUCGCCACACAUGACCAACGGCUUUGGAAUCCCUCCCUCACCUAACAACUUCAUCCAACCAGGCAAGAGGCCCCUGUCCUCCAUGUCUCCAACGAUCAUCUUUGACAAAGACAAAAGAGUUAAAAUGGUCGUAGGAGCAUCAGGAGGCACCAAAAUCACCACCGCUACUGCCUUGGUCAUCCUGAACUCCUUAUUUUUCAACUAUGACCUAAGGAAAGCAGUAACUGAGCCGCGAGUGCACAAUCAACUCAAUCCAAAUAUGACAGUCGUGGAGCAAGACUUUGAGAAGAGCGUCCUUGAAGGCCUGAUCCAAAAGAACCAUGUAACCCAUCUGUUGAAGACCCCGGAUUCUGUAGUCCAGGUGGUGAUGCAGCAGGGAGAGCAUAUCUGUGCAGAGUCAGACCCCAGGAAGGGAGGAUAUCCGGUUGGAUACUAAACGUGGUUCCAAACUCCCCUCAGACAGAACGACUCCUUGAGCCAUUUGACUCCAUGUACGUGUGUGCAUGUACAGCAUGAACGACACAGCCGUCAAUGGCAGCCAUGAACACCGGUCAUCGUAUUUCCGUACAUAUUUUUUGGUUUAAAAAAAAAUAUUCGGAGUCCCAUUCAUUAAAAUAUGCAUAUUUUAAAAAUACAUGUUUUUAAGUCCAAAUUUGAGUGGUGUACAUUGACGAUGUUUUCCACAUUUUUAUAUGGUCAAGCAGUUAUGCUAAAUAAAAUACACACACCUCAGGUUUUUUUACCUGUUAAGCACAGUUUGUCAGCCAUUCUAGUGUAAUUUAACACUAAUUGUAUUUAGAAGUUCAAUGCACAUUCACAAUUCAGCAUUCACAGCCCCAGAAAUUUGUAGAUUUUUGGUCAAAAUGUUUUUCUUUCAACAACAACAACAAAAAAAUAAGUAAUAUUAACAGCAUUCAUGUGUGGCUAAUGUGGACCCGACGACCAGGCUAAAAGCUCCACCGUGACUCCGAUUACAUCUGUUCAACAAUCAUCUUACAUUAUCAUUCAUUAGUGGUGAGCACUGAUGUACAAUCUAGGAAGGCAGGUGAGGCAGAGCCUGAUGAAAACUGAUAAAACUUAUUAUAAAUGUAUUUUCCUUAUGAUACCAAUCAUUUUUUUAAACACAUCAGCUGAGGAGCAGCAAGUCAAACACAUUAAAAAUAUUUUUAUGCUCCUGCUGAAUGAGUGAAUGAAUGAGCCAAGCUCACCAGAAGGUGAUGACACUUUUUCAACAAAGUUUCACAACUUUUCCUGCAGAAGGAUAAGAAUGAUAAAUAAAUUAAUGAAAUAGUAAUUUUCAGUGUAUAAGCUAUUUUUUCUCAUGUUUUGAACCCUGUCAUUACGCAAUCCGUACCAAAAAUUAGGGAUGAAGUGGAUAGUCGUUAUGAGUAUUUGUUACAGAUAAUGCAUUUUUGCCAGAUACAAGAAUGAAACAAUAUUUUGUCAUUAUUAACAUAUUUGUGUUUAAAGAAAAUGCUCAUUAUGUAUUCACACUUAAUGCUCUGUGAUUGGCCAGUCACACGUAGCGACCGCCUCACCUGAAACAGCGGUGUGCUUCAUUCACGUACACGGUGAAAUUGGCGAGUUAAAAACGUCUCGUGUUGCGUUGGUCACACUGCCUCCACGUUAUUAGGUUUUCUACAGAUCACCUCUAUUUCGGUUUGUAUCUAAAGUUACUUGGUAAACUUUCAGUUGGCAGUACACAGACAGUGGUAACAGUAACCCAUUGACUGGCCACAACAUUAGGUACACCUGCACAGUAGCUGCAUCAAACAAAUGGUGUUUCUUUUUUUUCUGCUCUCGUUUAAUUUGGCUGUUGGGAUAAAGUCACUUGGAAAACUUUGCUUGAAGAACUGAACACUGUUUUUUUUUUUUAAAUUUCAUUUAGAAAAAUACAGUGACCAAAGCUGAUUAUUUCCUGUUUAGUUCCCUGUGUCAUCACUGCAUGUUUGCAUGAACCACGGACUUCCCACAGAUCAUUAAAAGGAAUAAAGUCUUACAGAUCACUUAUACACAUACACACUACAUAUAUAGCAAAAUAAUUAUAAAGCAACUUCUGAUCAAUCCAUGUCAAUUACUGACUUAAAAUAAUGUACAGAUGUAAGCCCCACCCAUUUCUGGUUACACCACACCCACUUUCGGUUUAUGUCCAGUAUACACAACAUUUUUUUUCUCCUUAAUUUUAGAUACAUACCGACAAUACAUGUUUUUUUUUACAAAAUUUUUAAAAUUAUUACAAAAGUUACUUUGUUUUUAAUUUAAUUUUAAUAUUAAAAAAAAAAAUUCAGUACCUCAUCAGCCAUGAACGUCUCUGCCCUGUCCCUGGUGGGGAGCACCGGUACAUAUUAUAAUGUAAUGCAUUUAAUAAGUGUGAGGCAUACGUAUUUGAGACUGGAUUGUGUCAUGAGUGAACAAUGGCAAUCAAAGAGAAAAGAAGAGGGUAAUGGUGCUGAUUCUAAUCCCAUAAUUACAACAGUCUUUUAAUUGUUGAUCCAAAAUUGGAGAACGAUGACAUCAAAUCAGCAGUAGAGUUUGGAGGAGCGGGACUGAGCAGUGUGUCGAAAAUGUAAAUUUUUAUGGGUGUAUCAAUUACUUGUGGUUCUGUUGUUUUUUUUUCUUUAACUACAACUCUAGAAUGAUUAAAUUAUUCCUCUGCGUUGAAUUGUAAAUGUUUUAUACAGUAGAGUAGAA